AUGCGUGUCUCAACCUGGAUCCCAUUGUUACUGCCUCUUGUGUCGGCCGUGCCACAGAAUCCUGUCUAUGAAGCAAUUACUCGUCGCCAGUUACCCAAGGAGCCGACUGGGGUGAAGACAAUCAAGACGGCCAAUAAUGUGACGAUUCGCUACAAGGAACCCGGGAAAGAGGGUGUUUGCGAGACAACACCCGGUGUCAAGUCUUAUUCGGGCUAUGUUGACCUCUCGCCGACAGAGCAUACAUUCUUCUGGUUCUUCGAGGCUCGCCAUGAUCCGAAAAAUGCCCCGAUUACGUUGUGGUUGAAUGGUGGCCCUGGAAGUGAUUCUCUCAUUGGGUUAUUUGAGGAAUUGGGCCCUUGUCGUAUUAAUAAUGAGUCUGAGUCCGAGAUUAACCCUCACUCGUGGAAUGAGGUUUCGAAUAUGCUGUUCCUGUCUCAGCCGCUUGGUGUUGGCUUCUCAUAUGCUGAAAAGGCUCCUGGUACACUUAACCCCGUGACUGGGGUAUUUGAAGAUGCAGACUUUGCAGGCGUUGAUGGUCGUUAUCCGGUCAUUAAUGCUACCAAGAUUGAUACUACCAAUCUCGCUGCGAUCGCUACCUGGGAAGUCCUGCAGGGAUUCCUGGGUGCUCUCCCAAAGCUGGACUCAAAAAUCAAGUCGAAGAGUUUCAAUCUGUGGACUGAAAGCUAUGGAGGACACUAUGGCCCUGCCUUCUUCGAUCACUUCUACAAAGAAAACGAGAAGAUCAAAAACGGUACCCAACAGGGUAUCCAACUCGACUUCAACACCCUCGGCAUUAUAAACGGAAUCAUCGACGAGGGCAUCCAAGCUCCUCACUAUCCUGAGUUUGCCGUGAACAACACUUACGGUAUCAAGUCUGUCAACGACACAGUGUACAAUUACAUGAAAUUCGCCAACGGAAUGCCAAACGGCUGCCAAGACCAAAUAGCCUACUGCAAACAGACAAACCGCACCUCCCUAGCAGAUUUCUCUAUCUGCACAGAAGCAACAAACAUGUGUCGCGACAAUGUUGACAUCAACCAUAACCCAUACAUACUUACCAGCCUGAAUACAGAGGGCCCUUAUUACUCCUUUGGAAACAGAGGCGUCUAUGAUAUCCGCCAUCCAUACGACGACCCAACCCCAGAAAGCUACUAUUCAUCCUACCUCGCCAAAGACACCGUCCUAAACGCCAUAGGCGUCGACAUAAAUUACACACAGUCCAACAACGAGAUCUACUACGCUUUCCAGCAAACAGGCGACUUUGUCUGGCCGAAUUUCCUCGAAGACCUAGAGGACAUUCUCUCAAAACCAGUCCGCGUGGCUCUCAUCUACGGCGAUGCCGACUAUAUCUGUAACUGGUUUGGUGGGCAGGCUAUCUCCCUGGCUGCGAAGUACAAGCAUAGUAAGCAGUUCAAGAAGGCCGGUUAUGCGCCUUUUACCGUUGACGGUGUCGAGUACGGUGAGACGAGGGAGUUUGGGAACUUUUCCUUUACUAGGGUUUAUGAAGCUGGCCAUGAGGUGCCUUAUUAUCAGCCUGUUGCUGCCUUGCAGUUGUUCAAUCGGACGCUGUUUGGGUGGGAGUUGCCUGAUGGUGUGCGGAAGUUGAAGGAUGGGUUCGGGACUGAGGGGGAUGCAGUGGCUACUCAUACGCAGUCUUCUGUGCCUUUGCCAUCGGCUACCAAGGCGGAGUUGAUAUAG